GGACUUCACGACAAGCAAACGUCAAAGGAAUGGGUCAACAGACACGUUCUGCGAUGGCGCAGGGCCACGAUUCUCGUCCUACUGUGAGCGAUUUCCAGGAAGACAAUCGGUGGGUGAGUCUCGCAAAAGCCCACUGGCUCAAGCCGUCGAAGGCCCGCAAGGCCAAGCAGGAUGUCAUCAAGGAGCUAUGGGAGCCGUUGGAGGCUGAAGCCUUUUCUCUACGCUCUCUCCUGAUCUUAGAGAACCUUCAUGUGUUGGAGAAGUUCCUUUGGCCAACAUAUAAUGAAGAUGCAUCAAAUUAUCAUGUUCUGCUUAUUGCUAUCAUUGUCAGCGUCAAGCAGCGUGAGCAUCUGCCUAUAUGGGAGCAUUUCUCGGACCGUGCCGAUGACUUCUCCAGCCUUUUUCGCCGUGUCUUAUCCAUGAGCCUUGAUCAAUCGCUACCGACGACCUCCCGUUUGGCGCUUCUCUCGUUUAUUAUAAGCAGUUUUCAAUCUCUCGAAAAUAAUAUGCUCCGCAAAGAAUGCGCCCCACUCGUUUCUAUCUCAAUAUGGCAUAACCUCUCAUCAGACGACAAGAGAGAGCGGCUGCUGGAAACGGUGCCCACGUUGAAGAAGGCCUGGCGGGCAGCUGGAAAACGCUAUGAAGCUGCAGACGAUGCCACAAAAGCAAGAAUCCGAUUCGAGCGAUCAUGGCUUUAUACCAUGGUGUUGGAUUUUAUCCAGAAAGUGAACAGUAUUGAAAAAGAUCGGCCUGAGAAUCUACGUUAUUGCGAACGCUUUCUCGAAUUACUUGUUGAUCUCGAUAGUCAGCUCCCAACAAGGCGCUAUGUUAACACGCUCUUGAAAGACCUAAACCUCUUACCUAUCAUUCGCCUUUCGCACCUUUACCAAGUCGAGGAGAAUGCGCUGUUUCGAGAUUUCUACACGCUUCUCAAGCAUUUCAUGAAUUUCGCGAUCAACGAUUACACAGGCGAGCCUCUCUCGACACAAGCUGUCUAUGACGCUCACUGCCAAGAGCUAGCACGACUACAGCGGGUUGCCAUCAAACAUUUCAAGGAAAAACUGACCAUUCUGGCACUAUCAAACUACGGGAGUAUCGAUCAACGAACUGAACUCGAGGGCCACCUGGCUGCUUUAGAGGAUUCUGAACUUUCGAGUUUGUGCUCUCAUCUCGGGUUUCGGACUAUCUAUCCAAAGCAGGCUCAAAUUGGCCCUGGUAGACGUCUUUUCCUGGAGAUCCUCUUGUCCUCCUUCGAGCGCAAGCAGUCCUUCCAGGAAUACGCAGCUCAGCUGAGCAUUGUACCGACAGAAGAGAACCUGUAUGAGCCGUCUCUCUUGCGGAACGAGACAUAUGAUGGCUCAACGCCUUUGGCUAUCCCAAAGCUUAACCUUCAGUAUCUCAGUUUAGGUGACUUCCUUUGGCGCUCAUUUCUUCUCUAUAGGUCUGAAGCUUUCUUCGAGAUUCGCAAGGAUAUGGAAGCUAUUGUGAAACGUCUCCAGCCGCGAAUGGACAGAGAAAGUGGCAACGUCUCAUUUGGUGGCUUUUCUCGAAUGGCGAUUCCUAUCUCUAAGCCCGCGAUAAUUGAGGUGGCACCCCCCAAAGUCGGGUCUACGAGGCCUGCCUUUGUCAGGGCUGAAAUAGCUAUCGAAGUGGGCCGCCUCGGGGACAAUAUCAGAAAGGAAUGGGAGUCUCUUCGUCCCGAUGAUACUGUCUUCUUGCUCGCUAUACAAACGGGACACCCACGGACUCUGGCACUAGGCGGUGCACGAGACAGAAGUGCGGCAGAAGGCCCCCGGCUUAUGUACCUCCGUACAGCUGAGAUUGUUCAAGUUCUCGAUGAGAAUGGUCGCCCGCUGCGUGAACCUCAACAGGGCAAUACGAAUGGACACACUUACAGGCCCCGUCUUAGGAGACUCCUUGUCAACCUGGAUGCGGAAGCUUUUAAGAGGGACACUGACGCACAAGCCAAGGGAAAGCAGGAUAUAUAUCCUCUGAUCAAUGUCAUCGCCCGUAGGAGAGGAAGAGAGAACAACUUCAGACCUAUUCUACAAACCAUGCAGCAGCUCGCCGUCUCUGAUAUAGCGCUCCCAUCCUGGAUCCAGGAGAUCUUCCUUGGAUAUGGAGAUCCAGCUGGGGCACAAUAUACACAAUUGCCUAACAGAGCCAAAUCGGUCGAUUUCCGCGAUACAUUUUUGGACUGGCAACAUUUGGUGGAGAGUUUCCCCGGAAUGACUAUCGAGCCUUCGGGUAACGAGACGUCCAGCUUCGGUCCACCUUACGUGCUGGAGAGCGUCAGCGAGCAGCCUCAAACAAAGCCCUCCAAGAAGAGACGAAGAGGUCAUGUCCAGGAAGUUCAAGCAGCGCCCCCAUCAGUUCACGUGUCAACCUAUAAACCACCAAACCCUGGUCCAUACCCUGUCGACGCUCCAAAACUGAACACAAUCCGCUUUACGCCAGCUCAAGUAGAAGCUAUCGCUUCCGGUACCCAGCCUGGUCUCUCUGUGAUUGUCGGUCCUCCUGGAACUGGUAAAACGGAUGUCACGACACAAAUAAUCAAUAAUAUCUACCACAACUUCCCUCAGGAACGUACAUUACUCAUCGCGCAUAGCAACCAGGCACUCAAUCAAUUAUUCCAGAAGAUUGUCGCUCUUGACAUAGAUGAGCGUCAUCUUCUGCGACUUGGUCAUGGUGAAGAAGAGUUGGAGACGGAGUCAAAUUACAGCAAGUUUGGAAGAGUAGAGUCGUUUCUGGAGAACCGUGUGCAGUAUCUUGCAGAAGUGGACCGUCUUGCAGCAUCUAUUGGCGCUCAGGGUGCACAUGGAAGCACUUGCGAGACCGCCGGAUACUUUAAUACGGUCUAUAUACAGCCUGCCUGGGCUAAGUUCUGGGACGAAGCACACUCAGAUGACGCUUCUGUUGACGAUAUAAUCCAAGCGUUCCCUUUCCAUUCCUAUUUUUCGAACGCUCCGCAUCCUGUUUUUGAUCCGACAGCUCCCAAAGAAGUCAUUCUGGACGUCGCGGCGGGUUGCCAAAGACAUAUUGAUAAGAUAUUCUCUGAGCUGGAGGACAUCCGUCCUUUUGAGAUUUUGAGACAACCUCGAGACAAGGCAAACUACUUGUUACUCAAAGAAGCGAGGAUAAUCGCCAUGACUUCAACGCAUGCUGCGAUGCGGCGGCAAGAAAUCGCUGACCUUGGGUUCCGUUAUGAUAACGUCGUGAUGGAGGAGGCAGCCCAGAUAACGGAAAUCGAAAGUUUCAUUCCCUGUGCUCUUCAAAACAUGAGGAACGGAGAGCUUCCUCUAAAGCGAGUUGUACUUUGCGGUGACCAUUACCAAAAUUCGCCUAUUGUUCAGAACAUGGCAUUCCGUCAGUAUGCCAAUUUUGAACAAAGUCUCUUCUUAAGACUGGUGAGACUUGGCGUGCCUGUGGUCACUCUCGACCAGCAAGGAAGAGCGAGACCCAGUAUCGCAGAACUAUUCAAGUGGCGGUAUAAGAAGCUUGGAAAUCUGCCAGUUGUUGAAACCGCGCAGGAAUUCAAAUUGGCCAAUGCUGGCUUUCAGUUUGAUUAUCAGUUCAUCAAUGUCCCUGACUACCAGGGCGUUGGUGAGAGAGAGCCUUCUCCUCAUUUCAUACAGAACCUAGGUGAAGCAGAGUACGCCGUGGCGAUUUACCAGUACAUGCGUCUCCUAGGAUAUCCGGCAUCCAAGAUCUCAAUUCUCACCACCUAUGCCGGCCAGAGGGCGUUGAUAAUGGAUGUCCUGAAUCACCGUUGCGCCAAGAACUCUUUGAUCGGUAUGCCCAAGAUAGUUACGACUGUGGACAAAUAUCAGGGCGAGCAGAAUGACUAUGUUAUUCUCUCCCUCACAAGAACCAAGACAGUCGGCUAUCUCCGUGAUGUCCGUCGUCUCACCGUUGCUCUAUCUCGGGCACGGCUUGGUUUGUAUGUCCUUGGGCGGCGAGAGGUCUUUGAGUCCUGCUUGGAGCUCAAACCAGCAUUUGAUCUCCUUUUCCAGCGUCCAGACAAGCUGAUGCUUGUCCCCGGGGAGAUGUACCCAACCGCUCGCACCCUAGACGAGAGCGUGGAGGGCACUCCCAUGGAAAGCACCGAGCAUCUUGGGCAGUAUGUGUUCGAGAUGACGCAAGCCAAGAUCAAAGCGAUGGGUGCGGAAGGUGUUGUCGUUGAUGAUGUUGGGUUGGACGGCGAUGCUACUAUCGAGGAUGAGACCAUGGUGGGAAUGGAGGAGGAAGAAGAUCCGCUGCAUGAGAAUUCAAUCCUCUGAAUGGGGCACUCAUCUUCCUGCAUUAAAAGCUAAGACAUCUACUUGUCAGACGAUGGAGUAGGAUAGUUAUGUUUUUUAUUCUUUUCAAGAGGACACAGCACGCUUUUGUGUUUGUGAUAGAUGUUUAUGCGCAUCAGGCAAGACUUGUCAGACGAUGGAGUAGGAUAGUUAUGUUUUUUAUUCUUUUCAAGAGGACACAGCACGCUUUUGUGUUUGUGAUAGAUGUUUAUGCGCAUCAGGCAAGAACAAAUGCACGUGUUAACGACCA